CCUCACAGCUCGCAGUGAAGAGCAGCAGCGGCAGCGGCCACUUAGUCAGGGACUGCAGCAGCAGCAGCGUCGCCUCCUCGCAACAGGGAAAACCAUGAAGGUCGCUCUCGUCGUCGUCGUCUUGCUGGCCCUCCUGGGUCCCAGCCACGCGUCAAAUGCCACGUUCUUCAUCACGGCGCCCUCGACCAUCCGGCCCGGGCAGGGCCUCGCCCUGAGCAUCUCCCUCCUGAACGGCGGCGGGGGCAAAGGGGAUGUCACCGUGGUGGCCAACGUCACCGCCGACGGCAAAGAGGUCCUAAGGAAGCAGGCCGUGCUCCCCAGAGGCACCACGACUGCCCUCGUCCUUCCUGCGCUGCCGCUGACGGCCAGCCCGGGGUCCUACGAGCUGCAGGUCCACGGAGUCGACUCCUCGGGGCUCCUCUUCGUCAACAGUUCCACACUGAUCUUCGACAGCCGAGCACUGCUGCUCUUCGUGCAGACGGACAAGGCCGUCUACAAGCCGGGGCAGACGGUGCACUUCCGCGCGUUCUCCGUGGACUCUAGUCUGCGGCCUCACCUCGGCGGUGCCUACGACAUCGAGAUUCAGGACCCAGUGGGCAACCGGGUGCAGCAGUGGCGUGGCCUGACUUCUGCCAGCGGUGUGGUGAGCGCGGACUUCCCGGUGUCCGACCAGCCCCUGCUGGGGCAGUGGCAGAUCAUUGUGCAUGGCGAGGGGGUGGACAAACAGCAGCCCUUCACCGUGGCGGAGUAUGUGCUGCCCAAGUUCGAGGUGCUUCUUAAGCUGCCAUCGUUCGUGGCCAGGGAGGACGGCCAAGGGGUUUCUGGGACUGUCGAGGCCAAGUACACGUACGGCAAGAUGGUGCGAGGAAAUGCAACCGUCACCCUCAUCGUUGGGAAUUCGUCGCCCUGGGGCUGGCAGCCGAGCUUGAACCUCACCAUUAGGAACUUGAAGCUGGAUGGGAACACCAGCUUCGCGUUCUCCUCGGACGAGGUGAAGGCACUCAUCGCCGAAAGCUUUGUGCCCGACACCUACACCAUCGAGGCCCACGUCACGGAGCUGCUGACCGGCAUCACGCAGAGCGGAGGGGGCACGGUGAAAGCGCCCGAGUUCCGCGUCGACGUGAAGUUCGUCAACUCGCCAGUCUCCUUCAAGGCCGGCCUCAACUACACCGCCUACGUUCACCUGUCCCUGCCAGACGACUCUCCGCUGCUGCCCAGGGACCUGGAGUCACCGCUGCUGGUGCAGGUGUCGCAGACCAACCAGUCGUCGGCGCUGCUGUCGAGCUGGAAGCAGAACUACAACGUCACCGCCAGCGGCGUCGUGGCCGUGCACUUCUCGGUGUUGCCCGACGCUGGUUCCGUCCACGUGAACGUCGUCUACAAGCAGCAGGGAAACGAUCUGUACCUGACCAAGGAGAGCAGCACCAGGUCGGGGGAGUCCAUUCAGCUCUCGUCGGCAAACUCCAAAGCGCAGGCUGGAGAGCCCCUGCAGUUUUCUGUGACCAGCACAGAGCACGUGGAGGAGUUUUUUUACCAGGUGGUUUCCCGCGGGAAUGUAGUGGCGACGGGCAAGGUGAACUCUAACACCUUCCAGCUGGUGCCGACGAGCGCGUGGGCGCCCAGCGCGCACGUGGUGGUGCACUACGUGCGCGACGACGGCGAGGUCGUGCCCGCCUCCGUCACGUUCAACGUCGCCGGGAUUUUUGAGAACAAGGUGGUGCUCAACUGGACCGCGGAGACGUCGACCCCGGCCAGCUCGGUGUCUCUGAAGGUGUCGACGUCCGAUGCCCAGGCCUUCGUCGGCGUGUUGGUGGUGGACAAGAGCGUUCUGCUCCUCAAGACCGGGAACGACAUCACGGCUGACUCGGUGACAUCUGCCGUGUCGGCCAUGGCGAGCAGCAGCCGUGGGGGGCCGCUCGAUGCCGCCCCCUGGGGCCGCUUCAUGCCGCUCUUCUGGCUGCCCAACCCCUCCGACUCGCUGUCCACAUUCACCGAAGCCGGCCUCGUGGUUCUGACCGAUGCCUACGUGCACCACCCCGAAUUCUUCUACUAUUACAAAGAAGAAUUCCACCCACUGGGUGGCGACAUAAUGAACAUGGUGCCUGUCGCCGCGCCCGCCGGUGCCGCCGCGGGCGCUGGUGCCGCCGCGGCGGAGAGAGUCCGGACGCUCUUCCCUGAGACGUGGAUCUGGGCCGACGGCGAGACGGGCAACAAUCGGUCAAAGACGUUCACAGCCACGGUGCCCGACUCCAUCACCUCUUGGGUCGCGUCGGCCUUCUCGGUCUCGAGCAGCUUGGGGCUCGGUGUGGCCGACACUGCCCAGCUGCGCGCGUUCCAGCCGUUCUUCGUGUCGCUGAACCUGCCGUACUCGGUGGUGCGUGGGGAGCAAUUCGUCGUGCAGGCCCUGGUGUUCAACUACCUGGACACGGACCUGCAGGUGCGCGUGACCCUUGACCCGAGCGACGCGUACGUGGUCCUCGUGGACACCAACGAGGUGGGCGCCAUCCCCAACGAGCAGCUGGUGACCGUGCGCAGCCAGGACGCCGCCACGGUCUCCUUCCCCGUGUCGCCGGCGCUGCUCGGCCUCGUGCCCAUCACCGUGCGCGCUCGCGCCGCCACCGCCGCCGAUGCCGUGACGCAGCAGCUCCUCGUCAAGGCGGAAGGGGUGGAGCGCUCGUUCUCGAAGACGUUGCUGCUGCAGCGCUCGGGCGGCGACGCCGUCACCCAGGGCUCGCUGGCGUUCACUUUCCCGAACGGCGUGGUCGAGGGCAGCCAGAGGGCUACGCUCACCGUCAUCGGCGACAUCAUGGGUCCGUCCAUCUCGGGGCUGGAGCGCCUGGUGCAGAUGCCGUACGGCUGCGGGGAACAGAACAUGAUCAACUUCGCUCCCAACAUCUACGUCAUCAAGUACCUGACGGCCACGGGCCAGGGCGGAGGGGAGAUCAAGCAGAGGGCGCUCUCCUUCAUGAACACCGGCUACCAGCGGGAGCUGACCUACCAGAGGUCGGACGGCUCCUUCAGCGCCUUUGGGAACGAAGACGCUUCCGGCAGCACGUGGCUGUCCGCGUUCGUGCUGCGCUGCUUCCUGCAGGCGCUGCCGCACGUCUUCAUCGACCCCGGUGUGGUGGCCCAUACGCACGCCUGGCUGAUGUCCCAGCUCGAUGGCAGCACGGGGGUGUUUGCCGAGCCGGGCCGCGUCAUCCACGUCGACAUGCAGGGCGGCUCGUCGGGCCCGCUCAGCCUCACGGCCUACGCCCUCGUGGCCCUGCUGGAGCAGCCCUCCCACAUGGCCUCGCAGCCGCAGAGCGACGUGUCGGCCAGCGUGCGCUUCCUGGAGACGAGCUUGAGGGCCGGCAUCGCGGCAAACCACACGCUGGCGCUGACCGCCUACGCACUCUCGCUCGCCAACAGCACGGCCGCCCCCGCCGCGCUGCAGGCCCUCAACAGCCGCGCCGCCACCACAGGUGAGGUCAAGUUCUGGACGGCUCCCGUGUCCAGCGAGUUCGAGGAGAUGUGGCAGCCUCGCUCGGCCGACAUCGAGAUGACGUCGUACGCGUUGCUCGCUUACUUGCACCAGGGCAAUGUCACCGAAGGGAUUCCCAUCAUGAAGUGGCUGAGUCAGCAGCGGAACCACCUGGGAGGAUACUCCUCCACACAGGACACGGUGGUAGGCCUGCAAGCUCUCUCCGAGUUUGCCGCCCGCACGACCGGGAGUCGCUCCGACCUGCAGGUCCGGGCCACCUCCAAACUGCUCACGGGGCCGCUGUCGUUCACCGUCAACUCGGCCAACGCUCUGGUCCUGCAGCGAGCAGAGAUCCCGGUUUCGCCAGAGAUCAACGUAGCCCUCUCUGCAACGGGCGCCGGCUUUGCUGUUGCGCAGCUGAACGUGUUUUACAAUCUCAAGAUGUCCGGCGGUCGUGCUAAACGCUCGGUCGACCAGACUGACGCCUUCGAGCUGACCAUCGACCCCCACAUCCUGGACCUGAACAACGUGGAUGUCACCGUGUGUGUCCGCUGGACUGGAGCAGGCAGCAGCGGCAUGGCUCUGCUGCAGGUGAACAUGCUGAGCGGGUUCGUGGCCGACUCCGACUUCCCCAAGCCCCAGGCGGUGAAGCGUGUGGAGGUGGAUGGAGGCAAAGUGACCCUCUACCUGGACUCGCUGAACGGGACGUCCGUGUGCGUCACCAUCCGGAGCACUCGCGUGCAGACGGUCGGCAGUACGCAGGAGGCGCAGGUGUCCAUCACCGACUACUACGAGCCACGGCGGAGGACCGAGCGCUCGUACUCCUCCGGCUACCUGGCGUCCGUCUCCGUGUGCGAGCUGUGCGGCGCCAACUGCAAGCGCUGCAACGAGAAGCUGGCGGGCGGCGGCGGCGCCCGCACCGCCACCCUCUCCGCCGCCUCCCUCCUCGCCGUCCUGUUCUCCGUCUUCCUCCUGGACUAGCGCCCUCCUCCUCCCCCUCGUGCUUGCGCUGCCCGCCAGCUGACGGCGACGGAGGGGGGGGGGAUCGCGCGGCCGGCUCAGCUCGGUCGGUGGGGAGCCGAACGCCGCUGUGCUUUGCCGCGUGCUCGCCGUGCCGGUCCGCGCGUGGGGUCCUCGUUUCCCCACAAUUUUGUACGAGACUUUCUGGGCGGUUUGCGAGCGAGUGGUGAGCGUCAGAUGUGCUUGGCACCUGGGCAGGGGAGCAAGCCAUGCGGCUGUCUCUCAGAAGUUUUACAUUGCCGAGUGAUCGGUCGGUUCCCCCUCCCCCACAGCUGCGUGGCGACUGUGUGCGUGUUGACGAUGUCCGCUGUGUUUUUUUGUUGCUGUGGGUUUUGGCGUUCUGAUUUCGUGAUGCCGGUGUUGAGUGUCCUGUGACUGGCGCUGCCGCCUUCGUGCUGCCUGUCCAGCUUUACUGGGCGAGCUGUUGGCCCCAGCACGUCUGUGGUGGUACUGGCCCAUGGGGGGCCCUAAGCAGAAAUUAUAUUGGAGGGGGUAGGUGACCCCUCCCCCACUUCAAACUUAAACACUCCUGGUGUGACGAAAGAAACGGGUUCAGUGAGAAGAUAGAAAUGCUUUAAUUACCGAGCUCCAUACAAUGUCGAGAUGAUGAUGAUGAGUCAUUUAGUUGUCAUCUUUAUGUGUCAAGCUUAGUGCAUCUCUAUUUUCGUGACUCCAAGGCUCUUGAGCUCCUUGGGGGCCCGAAGCUUUGCUUGGCUUUUGCUUCCGCUGAGUGCCGCCACGGCCCUCCGUAAGGUGCGUGUUGGCCAACCCAUUCACGUGAAACCGUGAAACGUUCAUUCAAUAUUAUCCAGCAGCAAUUUCUUUUGGCGAGCACACUCCAGACCGUUUGACCACCUGGGUCUCAUCAGCAGGCCGCACUUGUCAAACAAAUGCCGCUGGGGUGCCAGAAGUUAUUGGCAAGAGCCCGCUAUCUAAACAGUGGAUCCCUGUACAUGAUAAAUGCAUGUUGUAUAGAAACUUCUGUGGCGGUGUUGGGUAGCCGUUCUGAGUCUCGAUUUUAUAAAUAAAAUAAUGUUUUAGACCUCUGCAUUUUUUCUUGCCAGAGCAAUGCUGCUGCACGGUAACAGGUGAUGAGUUUGUGUGCGGUCAGCACCGCGGUGAAUGUUCCCUCUCUGGGUGUCGUCCCCUCUCCGCUCAUCGUCGCAAACGAUUCCUGAAUGUACCCUCGUUUUCGGCUGCAGAGUCCGUUGCGUUUUUAAUCUUCACAGAAUUGUUACGAUUGUCAGAUACUGGGUAUUCUCAGCCUCUUAGUAACAAACACGGAGAAUUCUAGCUCUGAGCACGCGUGGGUUAGUGAGAAAAGGUUUGUUUGUGGCGACUUCUCGUCUCCAAGCACCUUUGGAGUUGUACGUUUUUUGACAAAUUCCUCGCGUUAUUCUCUCCACUUUCAUCGUCGUUUUUACACGGAGAGCUGGGACUGUGCACUGGACGUCAAUAAACUUCUUUGAAACGACCGUGA